UCUUUCCUUCCUGAGGUGCAGCUGGCUCAUACGCCUGGGCCUGCUGCCCCUCAGCCUUGCACUGUUCAAGAUGCCCAUGCGGGUCUCUGCUGGGACCUGGGUCUUCCCUCUCCUGGAGCUGCAGAGGCCAGAAGUUGAGUGGUGAGGGGUCCGAGGAGAGUCCCGGGAGACCAGGGAGGCUCUGUCCACCCCUGUCCCUGUUCUCUGUGGGAAGCCUCCGGCAGCAACAGCAAGGCGCUGGCCAGUCCACUUGCCCAUAAGGACAGCUGCCACCAGUACCCAGGGGAUGACCAGAGGCCGGACCACACGCCACAAAAAGAAGAAGGCUACCCCACUUACGUGACCAUGUGGGGCUCCGGAGAGCUGCUUGUGUGGUUUCUAGUGCUGGCAGCAGAUGGUACUCCUGAGCAUGUCUACAGACCCAGCCGUAGAGUGUGUACUGUGGGGGUUUCCGGAGGCUCCAUCUCAGAGACCUUUGUGCAGCGUGUAUACCAGCCUUACCUCACCACUUGUGAUGGACACAGAGCCUGCAGCACCUACCGAACCAUCUACCGGACUGCCUAUCGCCGUAGCCCUGGGCUGACUCCCACAAGGCCUCGCUAUGCCUGCUGCCCUGGUUGGAAGAGGACCAGCGGGCUCCCUGGGGCUUGUGGAGCAGGGCAACCCUUCCCUGGCUCUGCGGGGCCUCCUGAGUGGGUGACACACAGGUCUCUCCUACCCACAGCAAUAUGCCAGCCUCCGUGUGGGAAUGGAGGGAGUUGUAUCCGCCCAGGCCACUGCCGCUGCCCUGUGGGAUGGGGAGGAGAUACUUGCCAGACAGAUGUUGAUGAAUGCAGUACAGGAGAGGCCAGGUGUCCCCAGCGCUGUGUCAAUACUGUGGGAAGCUACUGGUGCCAGUGUGGGGAGGGGCAGAGCCCAUCUGCAGAUGGGAUGCUCUGCCUAUCUAAGGAGGGGCCCUCCGCGGUGGCCCCAAGCCCCACAGCAGGAGUGGACAGCAUAGCGCGAGAGGAGGUGUACAGACUGCAGGCCCGGGUGGAUGUUCUAGAACAGAAACUGCAGUUGGUGCUGGCCCCACUGCACAACCUGGCCUCUCGGUACACAGAGCAUGGGCUACAAGAUCCUGGCAGCCUGCUGGCCCACUCUUUCCAGCAGCUAGACCGAAUUGAUUCACUGAGUGAGCAGGUCUCCUUCUUGGAGGAACAGCUGGGGUCCUGUUCUUGCAAAAAAGAUCUGCGAUAGCAUCUCACUGCUCAGGUUGGAUUGAGCCGUCACCCCGAGAUCCCUUCUAGCCAGAGUUCAGGCUCCGUCUGGUGGUGCCUGUGAGCAGAAGGCCCUGCUCGUUUGCCCCUUUCUUAGGAGGUUCCUAGGACUUGGGCAUGGGGAGUGGGGUGUUGUGUGACUCUUCAGUGGGGCUUCCAGGAGAGGUCUAAGAGUUCCCUGUCUAAGAGGUAAGGUGGGGACUGUCUCCAUCUUUGUCAUAAUAAAGCUGGGACUUGA